GUAUGUGCUACAAAUUAUUCCAAACAUCAACAUAUAAGACAAAAAAUUAAUUAUCAUGGGAAUUCAAGGACUUUCAAAGCUCAUUGCAGAUUGUGCACCUUUUGCUAUCAAGGAAACAGAGAUUAAGAAUUACUUUAGUAGAAAGAUUGCAAUCGAUGCGAGUAUGUGUCUCUAUCAGUUUCUGAUUGCUGUGCGAGCAGAAGGCGCUCAAUUGACGUCUGCUAGUGGUGAACCUACUUCACAUUUAAUGGGAACUUUCUAUCGUACAAUUAGACUUCUUGAGAAUGGAAUUAAACCUGUUUAUGUUUUCGAUGGUAAACCUCCAGACUUAAAAGGAGGCGAAUUAACAAAGCGUGCAGAACGACGUGAGGAAGCACAGAAAGCUUUAGAUAAAGCAACUGAAGCUGGAGAUCAAGCUGAAAUAGAGAAAUUUAAUCGACGUUUGGUAAAAGUUACGAAGGAACACAACAAUGAAGCGAAGGAACUUUUGACUUUGAUGGGUGUACCUUAUAUUGAAGCUGCUUCGGAAGCAGAAGCUCAAUGUGCUGCAAUGGUAAAAGCUGGCAAGGUAUAUGGUGUUGCAACUGAGGAUAUGGAUGCUUUAACGUUUGGCUCGACUGUUCUACUUCGACAUAUGACAUUCAGUGAAGCUCGUAAAAUGCCAGUCCAAGAAAUUCACAUUGACAAAGUGUUAAAAGGUUUAGAGUUAAGUCAGGAAGAGUUCAUUGACUUGUGUAUCCUUUUGGGUUGCGAUUAUUGUGAUACAAUAAGAGGCAUUGGACCAAAAAAAGCUUUUGAAUUUAUUACCAAACAUCGAUCAAUUGAAGAGAUUCUCAAGAAUAUUGACAGGAAAAAGUAUCAAGUUCCUGAAGAUUGGAAUUAUGAAAAAGCUCGUCAAUUGUUUAAGACACCAGAAGUAUUAGAUUCUGCUGAAAUUGACUUGAAAUGGAAAGAACCAGAUGAAGAAGGUCUCGUAAAUUUUCUUUGUGGGGACCGCCAAUUUAGUGAGGAACGUAUUCGUUCUGGUGCAAAGAAAAUAAUGAAAUCGCUAAAGACCGCAACUCAAGGACGUCUUGACAGUUUUUUCAAAGUUUUACCAUCAACCUCGCCAGCACCAAAACGAAAAACAGAAGAAAAAAAAGGAAAUGCAAAUAAAAAGCAGAAAGUCAGCGCAGGGAAAUCUGGAAGGAAACCGAAAUAAAUUAAGACCGUUUCACUUAAUUUCUCAAGACACUGAAUUGUGCUUAUUAAUGUUAAAUAUUCUUGACAAUUCAAAUAAACUUUUUGUUGAUAAAUUUA